AUGAAUAAUCAUAAACAAGGUGAUAAUGAUGAUAAUGAUGAUCAUUUCAUUGACAAAAAGUAUUACAAAGAGUUAUCGAAUGCAUUAAGAGAUCCAAAGAUAUUAGGGUCAUUGAUUGAAUACUAUGACUUGGUCAAUCAACCUAAAAUCAAUCUUGGUCAAGAUGAUUCAACUGUAAAGAACAAGAUUGAUGAUGAUGUUAAUGAUGGUGGUGAUGAUGAUGAUGAUAAUGAUAGAUCUAUCAAAUCAUCAGCUGAUGAUAGUACUCUUUCAUCUAUAGAAACUACGACUACGACUACGACUACAACUACAACAACAUCAACUCCUCAUAUUACUGAAUCCAAACAAGAAGAAGAAAAAGAACAACAACUAAUCAAUCAAGUUGUAAAUGUUGAAAGUGGAUUUUGUUUCAAGACUCAUAAACCUGCAUCGACUGCUCCUGGAGAGGGAUGGAUCAUUCCUCAUGUUUUAUUUCCUCUAGAAAAGUCACCAUCACAAAAGAAAACAUACAAUGUCUAUCAUAUCGUAUUCUCGACAGAAACAUUUAAUCAAUCAACGCGAGACAAGGCAUUGAAUCGUUUACUCAUUCAAACAGCUUGUAAAGCUAUUUUACAACAAUAUAGUGAAUCUUUAAAUAUUGCUGUCUUGCCGACAUCUAUUCAUUUGGAAAUUAAAUUGGAUCGAUUAAAAGAUAUAUCUUCACUCUAUGUAGAGAUUGAGGAUCAACAAUUAAAACUAUCGGAACCAAACCAAAAAUAUAAUCUUGUUAUCAAAUUCCCAGCAGUCAUAGAUGAAGAGAAUCAUAUUGCAAAAUUUAACAAGAAAACUAAAAUACUUACAAUCAUUACAAAGGUUUUGGAAGAUGAUAAUACUCAUCAUCAUCAUGGUGGUCAUAACCACAACUCUUCUCACUCUCAUCAACAUCAUCAACAACAACAACAACAACAACGAAUAGAUCAAGAUAAAAGUAUGAUAGAUUUAUCAAAUGGUAUUCCAUGGAUUGAAAUAACAAUUGAACAAUCACCUCUUUCAUAUUCAAAACAUACGAUUAAACAAUCAUUACAAUAUCUCUGGAUAGUUAUAUUUGACCAAGGACAGGAUCAAAUGGAUGUUCAGUGCAAAGAUGUAAUGAACAAUGACAAACCCAAUACAAUCAUAGAAUACAACACCAAAAUGAAAUGGCAAACACCUUUUAAAUGUAAAUACGAUAAUAUCAAGAGAAACUCUGCAUCUUCAAUUAUUAGACUCGAAAAACAAGAUCCAUGUUGGUGGACAGAUAAAAUAAUAAAUAUAUAG